GGGGGGAGCCAUGGAUGUAUAAUAAGAACGGGGGAGCUCUGUAGGUAGUUCUUUUUGUUUGGUCCUCCUGAUUCGUUUGUUAACAAAAAUGCAACAUUUAGAGACAUGUAAAAAGUAGGUCUCACGGAUUUUGGUGCCCUCUGAAAAACAUUAUGGACUAAACCAUGAUUGUGUCACCCCUCAGUAGCGGGAGUUUCGUGACUCAACAGCAGCAUGACGUAACUUAUGCCGGCCGGCUUUCUAUUACCUUCAAGAGCACCGCACAAAGGAAGUGUUCCUGUCAAACCGAGUGCGAGGGGAAAGUUCUCACGCUUUUAAAAUAAAUGGCUCGGUUUCUUCAGUGACAGACAGCAUCCGGUAACGUACAGCUCUUUCUACGCUAACGCUGAACACUGUAGAAUGAAUACAGCUCGUCGCUGUUCGGCUUUGUUAAGCCAACUAUGUGCCCCCUCGAGGGGAGGGACGGCAGCCAGGGGGCCGCUCUCCCAGGCAGCAGGUUCGACACGCUGCUGUCACUCCGCUGUGAGUGGAGGAGAAGGGGGACUCAAAAGGACCUGUCCUCAGCUGAAGCCGAGUAGAGCGUCCAACACUGGGGCAGCAUCAGUUUGUCCGAUGGGUGGUAGCAGCAGCAGGCUGUUUGGUACGUUGGCCCAGUCCCUGAACAGCGCCCCCUUGGCCCAACCGGAGGCAUACCCAGAGGAGAACCCAGACCAGGACCCGGAGGAGCUGCUGAGAGAGUGUGAGGAGGUCCUGCAGAGGCGUCCGGCCCGCCCACACCGCAACCUGGUCUAUCCCAGCAGCAUGGCCCCCCGCCACAAACACAACUCGUCCAUACGGAUCAUGCAGUGGAACAUUCUGGCACAAGCUCUUGGUGAAGGGAAGGACGGGUUUAUUCGAUGUCCAUUGGACGCUCUUAACUGGGAGGAGAGGAAGUACCUGAUCUUGGAGGAGAUCCUUACUCACAGCCCAGACAUCCUGUGCCUGCAGGAAGUAGACCACUACUACGACACUUUCCAGCCAAUCAUGGCCAGCCUCGGUUACCAAGGCAGCUUCCUGGCCAAACCCUUCCCCUGUCUGGAUGUGGAGCAGAACAACGGUCCUGACGGCUGCGCUCUGUUCUACCGCCGGUCACGCUUCUCUCUGCAGGCCACAGCUCACCUGAGGCUGUCGGCCAUGAUGCUGCCCACCAACCAGGUGGCCAUCGUCCAGACGCUCAGCUGCCGGGCAACGGGCCGGCGGCUGUGUGUCGCCGUCACCCAUCUGAAAGCUCGGAGCGGCUGGGAGAGGCUGCGCAGUGUGCAGGGGGCAGACCUGCUGCAGAGUUUACGCAGCAUCACAUCCCAAGGGGGGCCCAGCAGCCCUGAGGAGGGGGCGGGCCCCGUCCCGCUGGUCGUGUGUGGAGACUUUAACGCUGAGCCCUCAGAGGACGUGUACCGCCGCUUCAGCUCCUCCACACUCCGUCUGGAUUCGGCGUACAAGAUGCUGAGCUCUGACGGACAGACUGAGCCCGCCUACACCUCUUGGAAGAUCCGCCCCUCUGGAGAGAGCUGCAGUACUUUGGACUACAUCUGGUAUACCCAUGAUGCUUUGAGUGUGGACUGCCUGUUGGACAUUCCCACUGAGGAGCAGAUCGGCCCUGACCGCCUCCCCUCCUACCAUUACCCCUCGGACCAUUUAUCCCUGCUCUGUGACCUCAGCUUCAGGGAGGGGCCCCACAUGCUGAUGUAGGCCGCCUGGACCAAUAGAAAGACUGCUGAGUGGACACCCUUACUGUCAAUUACAGUGGGGAAAGAUUGGAGAGUGAACCAUUUCCAAACAUAAGACACAAUCAUUUUUUCUUAACUAUUGCUAUUAUCUUAACGGGGAACAUUAGAGAAAGAGAAAUGAGACAUGUUGAUGGAAGAACUUUUAGUUUCAGGUUUUUAUUUAGAUUUGAUCCAGUGACCUGUCCCAAGUCACCUUUUAACUGAACGCGCUUUCUGUAAAUGAACUUCAGACCAAAAGCCAGCUUGGGGAUUCUUCUGCUGGAGUUUGAACACUGGACACCAAUGCUAUUAUUACUUCUAUUUCAUGACUUGCUCUUUAUACUUUCUGUCAUUAGGUUAUGCUUUUCCUAUAGUGUUUUGAAAUAAAUUAUUUUGAAUUGAAACAAUUCUCCAUGGUUUGUUAUUUGGAGAUUAGUAAUCAUGAAGAUGUUGUUACUGUGACUCCACUGAACAUGGAGACAUUUUAUUAUUUA